GGCUCUCGUUUCCUGGUAGGCGCUGGUACAAGCGGAAGCAGCAGUAGCGUGAGGCAUCCCCAUGCCGGGGGCAAUCUCUUCCUCGUCGUCGGCUUUUCUCCUCCCCGUCGCGUCCUCCUCGCCGCGGCGCAGGCGGGGCAGUGUGGGUGCUGCUCUGCGCUCGUACGGCUACAGCGGCGCGGAGCUGCGGUUGCAUUGGGCGCGGCGGGGCCCGCCUCAGGAUGGAGCGGCGUCGGUACGCGCCGCAGCGGCACCGGCCGGGGGCGAAAGCGAGGAGGCAGCGAAGAGCUCCUCCUCGUCCCAGGCGGGCGCUGUUCAGGGCAGCACGGCCAAGGCUGUGGAUUCUGCUUCACCUCCCAAUCCUUUGACAUCUGCUCCGAAGCAAAGUCAGAGCGCUGCAAUGCAAAACGGAACGAGUGGGGGCAGCAGCGCGAGCACCGCCGCGCCGGUGUCCGGACCCAAAGCUGAUCAUCCAUCAGCUCCUGUCACCAAGAGAGAAAUCGAUGCCAGUGCGGUGAAGCCAGAGCCCGCAGGUGAUGAUGCUAGACCGGUGGAAAGCAUAGGCAUCGCUGAACCGGUGGAUGCUAAGGCUGAUGCAGCUCCGGCUACAGAUGCGGCGGCGAGUGCUCCUUAUGACAGGGAGGAUAAUGAACCUGGCCCUUUGGCUGGGCCUAAUGUGAUGAACGUCGUCGUGGUGGCUUCUGAAUGUGCUCCUUUCUGCAAGACAGGUGGCCUUGGAGAUGUCGUGGGUGCUUUGCCUAAGGCUCUGGCGAGGAGAGGACACCGUGUUAUGGUCGUGAUACCAAGAUAUGGAGAGUAUGCCGAAGCCCGGGAUUUAGGUGUAAGGAGACGUUACAAGGUAGCUGGACAGGAUUCAGAAGUUACUUAUUUUCACUCUUACAUUGAUGGAGUUGAUUUUGUAUUCGUAGAAGCCCCUCCCUUCCGGCACCGGCACAAUAAUAUUUAUGGGGGAGAAAGAUUGGAUAUUUUGAAGCGCAUGAUUUUGUUCUGCAAGGCCGCUGUUGAGGUUCCAUGGUAUGCUCCAUGUGGCGGUACUGUCUAUGGUGAUGGCAACUUAGUUUUCAUUGCUAAUGAUUGGCAUACCGCACUUCUGCCUGUCUAUCUAAAGGCCUAUUACCGGGACAAUGGUUUGAUGCAGUAUGCUCGCUCUGUGCUUGUGAUACACAACAUUGCUCAUCAGGGUCGUGGCCCUGUAGACGACUUCGUCAAUUUUGACUUGCCUGAACACUACAUCGACCACUUCAAACUGUAUGACAACAUUGGUGGGGAUCACAGCAACGUUUUUGCUGCGGGGCUGAAGACGGCAGACCGGGUGGUGACCGUUAGCAAUGGCUACAUGUGGGAGCUGAAGACUUCGGAAGGCGGGUGGGGCCUCCACGACAUCAUAAACCAGAACGACUGGAAGCUGCAGGGCAUCGUGAACGGCAUCGACAUGAGCGAGUGGAACCCCGCUGUGGACGUGCACCUCCACUCCGACGACUACACCAACUACACGUUCGAGACGCUGGACACCGGCAAGCGGCAGUGCAAGGCCGCCCUGCAGCGGCAGCUGGGCCUGCAGGUCCGCGACGACGUGCCACUGAUCGGGUUCAUCGGGCGGCUGGACCACCAGAAGGGCGUGGACAUCAUCGCCGACGCGAUCCACUGGAUCGCGGGGCAGGACGUGCAGCUCGUGAUGCUGGGCACCGGGCGGGCCGACCUGGAGGACAUGCUGCGGCGGUUCGAGUCGGAGCACAGCGACAAGGUGCGCGCGUGGGUGGGGUUCUCGGUGCCCCUGGCGCACCGCAUCACGGCGGGCGCGGACAUCCUGCUGAUGCCGUCGCGGUUCGAGCCGUGCGGGCUGAACCAGCUCUACGCCAUGGCGUACGGGACCGUGCCCGUGGUGCACGCCGUGGGGGGGCUCCGGGACACGGUGGCGCCGUUCGACCCGUUCAACGACACCGGGCUCGGGUGGACGUUCGACCGCGCGGAGGCGAACCGGAUGAUCGACGCGCUCUCGCACUGCCUCACCACGUACCGGAACUACAAGGAGAGCUGGCGCGGCCUGCAGGCGCGCGGCAUGGCGCAGGACCUCAGCUGGGACCACGCCGCCGUGCUGUAUGAGGACGUGCUCGUCAAGGCGAAGUACCAGUGGUGAGCGAAUUAAUUGGCGACGCCGACGCCGCUCCUGUCGCAGGACCUGGACGUUAUUUAGAAGGCUCUUCUCCCUGGCGGCUUUGAUGCGUGCGUCGCAUUUGCGCCGGGCGGACGGGCGACGGUGGUUGGCCUACCGCCUACGUCGGCUGCGUGCCCUGGGAAUUUGGGCGGGCACGAUGAUGCCACUGGGCACCGGGCGCGGGGUAGUAUGAUAUGAAACCGACGGCGAUGGAGAUGAGGCGCAUGGCAUUUUCCCACUGAUAAAUGGGGAGUUGUAUGCUACUUUAAUAUCGCCACUCCUGUUAGUAUUUAUAUUGAUGCUGUCAAGUUUUCCACUCCAAGAACAAAUGACGGUAGCCGGUAAGUAUAGGCCUAUUUGUAGAGCUAGUUAGAAGUACAUGUGCCCAAACCGACAACAUUGUACGUACAUUAUAAAGCACGGCACUAUUUGUUACUGUC